AUGGACGAAAGCGAUGAUCCUCGUUUCAUGGAGCUUGGCUCCCUUGAGGCCAUAUAUCCCGAGAUUCGUCGUCUUGACGCACAAGACCCUUUCACCUUUGAGAUAGAUCUCCCUGUUGAGCCUGCCGCUCCGGUUACUGUCACUUUUCCAGCAGCAUCUGCACCCGCUCACACUGGACUUACAACGCCUACUCAAGCUGCCGAGAAUAUCCAGCCUGAAGUUGACUCACUCAAGGUCUCGUACCUCCCGUCAUUGCGGUUGAGAGUCCGGUUGCCAGAGGGCUACCCUGUAGAUGUAGCACCUGAGGUCCAGGUAUCGACAACACCGCAGUGGUUAACCGAGGAAACAAUAAAAAGACUCCAGGAUGAUGGGCCGCGUUUAUGGGAUGAGAUCGGUCGUGAUAUGGUUGCAUUUACUUACAUCGACCACAUCCAACACGCCGCCGAGGAUGUCUUUGGAACUAUCAGCCCCGAGGGAACCCUUCAGGUCGACCCCGAGCAUAAACUCGCUGUGUUAGAUCACGACAUAAAAGCCAAAAAGGCAGCAUUUGAAAAGGAAACAUUUGAGUGCGGUGUCUGUCUCGAUCCCAAAAAGGGUACCAAUUGCCACAAGAUGCUGGACUGUGGCCACAUAUUCUGCAUACAGUGUUUGCAGGAUUUCUACAACGAUGCCAUCAACGAGGGCAACCUGUCCACUGUCCGAUGUCUAAGUCCCAACUGCGCUAAGGAACGGGCAACAGCUAAACAAGCAAAGAAGAGCAAAGUUGCCGUUAGCCCCAGUGAGCUUCUCCAGAUUGGGCUAUCCGAGGAAAUGGUUAAGCGUUACGUUACGCUCAAGUACAAAACAGAGCUUGAGUCUGACAAAAACACAAUAUACUGCCCAAGGCAGUGGUGCAACGGAGCAGCCCGGUCGAAACGCCACAAGAAGCCGGAGGGUUUGGACUUUGCCGAGAUUUCCGAUGCUGAAUCAGGCAAAGAGGAGGAAGAAAAAGCAGAAGGCGAUUCUGAUACCAGAACUAAGAAGAAGAAGAAGAAGAAGAACAAGGACCGGUUUAACAAGGCUGAUCUCCUGGCCAUUUGCGAAGAUUGUGGCUUCGCCUUCUGCGGCCAGUGUUACCAAUCGUGGCACGGAGAGUUUGUUCGCUGCGCACCACGACGUGACAAAGAAGAAGUCAGCGAAGAGGAAAAGGCCUCGCUCGAGUAUCUUCAGCUUCACACAAGCCCAUGCCCAACAUGCAAUGCCCCUGCACAAAAGACACACGGCUGCAACCACAUGAUUUGCUCACGAUGCGACACUCACUUCUGCUACCUAUGCUCUUCAUGGCUCGAUCCUGUAAAUCCUUACCAGCAUUACAAUCAGUUGGCUGGCGGGAAAGUUACUUCCUGCUACAUGCGGCUAUGGGAGCUUGAAGGUGGCGAUGGCGACGAUGUCGGCUUGGGGUUCAUUGGCGGCCGUGGCCCAGGAGCGGAUCCUCCGCCAGCACUAAAUGAUAUUGAGCUUCUGCCAGAAGUCAUCGAGUCCGAUGAUAGUGAUGGCGAGGAAGAGGUUGACGCACGUGAUAAUAACAGACAGCUUGGCGGCGAAGGUCAAGGCCAAGGCAUAGAGAUUGCCCGCGAGGGGCCUCUCGUGAUUCGACUUGUCGACAAUCAAGCUCGAGACGCCCGUAGAGCUAUUCCUCCAGCUGCUCCCGACGCACCACAGCACCCAGCUGGCCGAGGGCAUCGUGGACCACCUCGAGGCGUAGCGGGUCGAGGCCGCGGCGCAGGAGGGGCUGGGAGAGGAGGCGGAGGAGCGGCAGUUGGGAGGGGAGGCGGAGGACCUCGUGGCGGAGGAGCUGCCAAUCGUCAGCGGGAAAACCAGCGACUACAUCAACUUCAGCAGGCAAAUGGUCAGAAUGCUGGCCUGGAUCCAGCACAGGAGGCAUGGGUUCGACGGUUCGUACAGAUGGCUCUGAAUGACGAGGAGGAUCUGGUUGAAGGCGACUCAGAUGACGAGGAUGGUAAUUGGAUUAUUCGAUGA